AUGUGUACGUGCACAGAACGCAUCCCAUCACCAGUGGGUAUUUCUUACAACACUUGCCUAGUUAUCACGACGUACCCACGACGUCGUCUGAUGAGUGGUGUGCAGUUCGCCAUGCUUCAAGCGGCGUUACGAGACCCAACAAACGAACAAUUUGUGUUCGUGUCGCACAAUUCGAUUCCACUGAAGAGUUUUAGCUACAUGUAUGCCGAUCUCAUAGGCCACUCGCCCACAGCUUCAAAGAUGUGUUUUACGUCAACCCUGGGUGAAGUCGAUUCUGACUGUCGUUUCAAAGGUAACGCACGCCACUUCGAAAGCUCCGACACGCUCAAGCACCACCAGUGGAUCGUGCUAAGACGUGACCACGCGAAAGUAGUUCUAUAUGAGAAAGGCCAAUCCUCCCUCGAUUACUAUUCAGGCGUGCGAAACGAUGUGGCCAGAAAAUUCGACGACCCUAAAAUGUGCAGUGAGGAGACUGUGCCUUCGCUCGCACUUAUUCAGAAAGCAAAAGAUUCUUACGGCACAAUCAAUGACGACUCUCGGUCUGAGGAUGUCUUUGCAGGCCUUGAGAAACUAGGUGUUGAGCAGCGUUGCACAACGUUUGUAUACUGGGCCAAGUGCUUUGACAAUUCACCGUUUGAUCUGGGUGCACAAUACGAAAGCUCACAGGAAGGACUCGCACAUCCAUUAAAACUUUCUGGGAUAGACGCAGAGUAA